UAUCGGACAAAGGGGUCGUGGAGUGAGGAUAAAGAUCAGUAGUUUUACUUUUUCUUUCGGUUUUAUUUUGGCCUUUAUUGAACGAGUAGUCUAAGUAGCCAGUCUGACUGCUCACACAGUUGUUCGUAUGUUUGAUAAACGUUUAACAUAAACGAUGUGGCCGAUGUGGUCACUGAACCACUGUAAAUAAAGUUUGAGCGAUUUUAAAUCAGUCAGCUGCUUCGAUCACAACAAACAUGGCGUCGGGAGGCGGCUAACUGACAAGAAGCGAUGGAGAUUGAACCUCUAAAGCCGUUUUAAUUGAGAGGUUUAUUUUACUUAAUAACAUAUAACAUUUGCUCGCCCCGAUCUCAAGAUGGAGUCCUCCCCGUUUCCAGAGGAGGUUUCGGAGAGGAAAGUGUGUGUUGUCGGGUCGGAGCUGGUGGAAAACUACACUGUCUACAUCAUCGAGGUGACGGAUGGAGAGCACAGAUGGACUGUGAUGCAUCGCUACAGUGACUUCCACGACCUCCACGAGAAGCUGACGGCAGAGAAGAAGGUGGACCGACGGCUGCUUCCUCCAAAGAAGAUGUUGGGGAAGAACUCGAAGAGUCUGGUGGAGCGGCGGCAGAAGGAGCUGGAGCUCUACCUGCAGACGCUGCUGCUGCAGUUCCCACAGGCCACGCCCACUCCGCUUGCCUGCUUUCUGCACUUUCACCUCUACGAGAUCAAUGGCAUCACAGCAGCACUGGCUGAGGAGUUGUUCCAUAAAGGUGAGCAGUUGCUGCAGGCUGGCGAGGUGUUUUCUCUUCGUCCUCUGCAGCUUUACUCCGUCUCCCAGCAGCUACGUCUGGCCAAACCAACCUGCUGUAACGGAGACGCCAAGACCGACCUGGGACACAUCCUCGACUUCACCUGCAGACUGCGAUACCUCAAGAUUUGUGGUACCAGAGGUCCAGUAGGAACCAGUAACAUCCAAGAGAGCAGUCUCCCAUUCGACCUGUCUGUUUUCAAAUCACUGCUGCAGAUAGAGAUCAGUGAGUGCAGCUCUCAGCAGAUUCAAGGUCUGCCGUCUCUGAGGUCGAGUCUGGCAACUCUGAGUAUCCACCACUCCACGGAAUCUAUGAUGUCGAUCCUGGUCCCAGAGGCCAGCGAGUUCUCACAGUGGGAGGCUGAGGGGGCGGAGUCUGGCUGUCCUGUCACCGCUGUCAUCCCCGUGUGGAAAAACCUGACCACGCUGGACAUGAGCCACAACUGCAUCAGCACCAUUGACAGCUCAGUGAAACUGAUUCCUAAGGUGGAGUUUCUGGAUCUGAGCUACAACCAGCUGUCCAUAGUGGAAAACCUCCAGCACCUGUACAAUCUGGUCCAUGUGGAUCUGGCCUAUAACAGCCUGCGGGUCCUGGAAGCUGCUCACACCCGUCUGGGCAACAUCAAAACCCUGAGCCUGGCCGGCAACCAGCUGGACAGAUUGACUGGCCUCACCAAGCUCUACUCUCUCGUCAACCUGGACCUUAGCCACAACCAGCUGGCCCAGUUGGAGGAGAUCAGGAACAUCGGCUCUCUGCCCUGUCUGGAGAAACUCAACCUGUCCAGUAACCCCAUGUGCAUCAUCCCAGACUACAGAACCAAAGUCCUGGCCCAGUUUGGAGACCGCGCAGCAGAGGUUUGUCUGGACUGUCAAGUGACAACAGAGAAGGAGCUGGACACAGUGGAAGUGUUGAAAGCCAUUCAGAAAGCCAAAGAAGUGAAAGACAGGAUGAGCAGCGGCGACAAGAAGAUCAGUGAGGAGACCAGGCCUUCUGCUGCUGCACCUCCUUACCUCUCCUCCUCCUCUCCCCCCUCCUCCUCCUCCUGCUGCUCCUCUGCUGUUGCUCCUCCUGCUGUCACCUCCUCCUCCUCUUCCUCCUCUUCCUCUUCGGCCCAGCAGCCUGCCUGCCCCAGCCAAGAAGUGACGAGCAGAGAGGAAGCUGCCGUUCCCCCCAAUGUUUUCCCUCCUGUGGACGCUGCACCUCCCCCCGCAAGCUUUAACCCCAGUACACAACUCCUUUCUGCUGACCCCGCCCAGGUACAACAACCUACUGUCAAUCUGUCUGAAAACGCACACUGUGGAGCUUCUACAAGUAUUACUACUACUACUACUACUACUACAACUCCUACUAUUACUGUCUGUUGUGUCUGCUCCUCUUCCUCCUCCAGACCAGUUGAAACCACUUGCUUCUCCUGCAUCACAGCCUGCUGUCCUCUACUUCCUACUCACCUGCUCUCCCUCUCCUCCUCCAACAAAGAUUUCAUUACCCAGCUCUCCCAUUGUCUCAGCUCCACCCUGAAGGAGCAGAAGAGGAAGGAGGAGGAGGAGGAAGAGAUGGAGGAGGAGAGGGAGGAAGAGAAGAGGUCUGAAUCCAGAGAAGUUCAGUCCCAUGUGGAAGGAACCGAGAUGGGAAGUCCCAGUCCAGGCACCAGGGACGGAUACUUUGAGAUGGGUCUGGAUGACUCUGUUGAGGAAUCGGUCUGCUCGUCCUCCACGUCACUCUCUGUUCCUCCUGCAGAAGAGCCUGAUGGCCACCGGGGGGAGCUGUGUGAAGACGAGGAGGAGGAGGUGCAGGUCAGCAGGGUUCUGUGGUGCUACUGUCUUCAGGUGAAGGAGGAGGUGGAGCAGAAGGAGGCAUGUCUGGUGCUGACAGACUGGCUGUUGGGCCUGCUGUACUUAUCAGAUGAUUUCACGUGGACCAGUCAGGACAUAGACCAGGAGCAGAGUCCGCCUGUGGAGGAGGUGCUGUCCAGCCUGCAGGUGGACCUCCUGCUGCCAUACUCCCAGCUCAUGCUCUCCUCCCGAGCCGAGCUCCCUGACUCCUGCCUCGCCUUCGGCCUCCAAGCCGGUCCGACCCGCUGGUACAUCUUCUCCGAGGCCAAGGAGCUCCAGCAGACCAGGACGGAGCUGACAGUGCUGAUCCAGGCAGCAGGGUCUCAGACUGACCUGGAGCCCUCCAACCCUCCGCAGCUCCUCCCACGCUCACUCAUCAACUCCUGGGAGCUGGAGGAGAGUCAGGGAGCCCAGGGAGGCUAUCCUGCCCACCUCCUCCCCUCCUCCCCAUCCUCUGGCCCGGACACCCACCCCCUCCUGUCAGACAUCUUAUCCAAGAAAGAGGAGCCCAGCCUCCCUUCUCUCCUCUUUCUCACCCACCGACACCUCUGGGUGCUGAAGAUGGACUUUAGUGAGCUGGCAGAAAGAGACAGGAGGAGCCCUGACCUUCAUCACUCCUCCUCGUCCUCUUCCUCUUCCUCCUCUUCCUGGUGCAAACUGGUCCGUGUGCCCCUCGGCUCCGUGGUGCUUCACCCCAGAGAGAGAGCUUCCUGCCCUGACGCAAAACACGGCCACAGGAGGAGUCACACUAUGGAGCUGCUGCUGGGCGGUCAGAGGCUGCUGCUGCUUUUCCCUCUGGCCCAGGACAGAAGCUCCUUCCUGGGGGACUUGAGCCAGCGGAGAGCCUCUCUGGAAGGGCUGAAGAUGGUGGCCCUGCCCUGGCCCUGCACGCCCUGUCCACACCAAGGGCAACACACACAAGGCUGUUACAGAUCCAGAGACCAGUGCUGUUGUACCAGUACCAGGAAAUCACACAGCACUAGCAGCUGGGACUCCUCCCGUCUCCAGGUGGAGGAGAACCAGCCAUCCCCCCACCUCACCCCGGGUCUCUCCCCAGGACUGAAGCUCCUGGCUGGGCUCGGAGGACAGAAACUGCUGCCCUACUUCCGCAGAUAUAUAGCAGUGUCUGAGGUGGAGGAGGUGAGACAAGUCUUGUGGCUGUCUGUGGUUCUCUACAAGUCUCCAGAGACUGAGCUCACCUGCUGUCUGCUGCUCUCCACUGAUACAAUCUACUUCCUGUUGGAAGACUCCGCCUCCACACUCGGUCAUCACUCAGUGUUGGACAUAAUGGACUCUGGAGAUCCGGACGUCCGUCUGUGCUGCUGUCUGUCCAUCAGACUGUCUGAGCUGCUGUCUGUCAAUGUGGGACUGUUUGACCAGUACUUCCGAGUCGUAGGUCAUUCGGCCGAUCACAUCGUGAGCUGUCUCAGCAGGGACAGUUAUGGGACGAGCGUCUUCCUUCAGGAGCUGAUGUCAGCUCUCAGUCUGCAGCAGCAGCUUCCUCCUCCAGAGCCGUCAGAUCAGGACUUCUACUCCCAGUUCACCAGCACAAACACAGGUAAGAUGCAGAACUACGAGCUGGUCCACAGCAGCAGGGUGAAAUUUAUUUAUCCCAGUGAGGAGGAGAUGGGAGACCUGACCUUCAUCGUGGCAGAGAGGAAGACUCCGGCCUCCACAGCGUCCUCGUCCUCACGCUCUUUCAGUGUCCUGCUGUACCUGCUGGUCUUCCAGGUCCAGAUCCCCAGCAGUCUGCCCAGCCAAGGCUCUGCUCUCUCAGGCCAGUCCCCCUCUGUUUCUGGCUCCGCUUCCUCUCCUGUACUCCAGCCCAGAACUUUGAUCCUGACCAGCACCGACAUUUUCCUAUUGGAUGAGGACUACGUCAGCUAUCCUCUGCCUGACUUCGCCAAAGAACCUCCCUCCAGGGAGCGGUACCAGCUGCGUGAGGCUCGGAGGAUCCGGGACCUGGACCGGGUCCUUCUGGGGUACCAGACAUACCCUCAAGCACUGACCCUGGUGUUCGAUGACCUGCCUGGCCCCGACCUGCUCUGCCACCUCACCAUGGACCACUUCGCCGCCGGAGGGGAGGAGGCCCUGACCAGGGGGGGCGGAGCCAGCGGGGGCGCAGAGGGCGAGGUCCAGUGGUGCGUCUUUGUCCCGGGAGCCGACAGCAGAGAGAGGCUGAUAUCACUCCUCGCUCGCCAGUGGGAGGCGCUGUGCAGCCGGGAGCUUCCUGUGGAGCUCACUGGCUGAUUGGUUGACGGACAGAUGGAUAACUGUUCAGCACCAAGUUGGUCACUGGGAGCUGAUUGGCAGGCGGAGUCGUCGUAUGACCGGGAUAAUUUAUACACGGAUUCAGGGCUUUAUUGGCUGUUUAAAGACCUCAAUAUGCUUCAAACUAAGUAGUUUGUACAAAGCGUUGUCUGACCAAGUCUAAAGUCAAAGCAUUUUCUCGCUGCUCUGAAUGGUCACACUGGAAAGAAGCUUGUCAUCACAGAGAGCGGCGAGACGCGAUGAACGAUGCACACUUUCAGUCUCUCCUUGAAGGUAUUCGUGGUGUUGCACUCGGUUGUUCAUAUGAAAAGUGACAGAAGUAGUUGUGUGAAGAAUGAACAAAGCAAGCUUGAGAGAGAAGUUUAAAUCCCGUCUACUUACACACCUCCACCUGACCAAUCGUAUCAUAUCGCCGGCAUGAUAUUUGUUUUAUUUGAUCAGCUGUCUGUGGAGAUUACUCUCAGAAAGCACGCCAGAGAAAACAAACAGGGGUGUUGUAUCUAAAGUCUCUGCUUGGCACCCUUAUUUAAAUGAGGUCUUCACUUCAAGAAGACCAAUGCAGAGGCCUCAAUAUGCCUCAAAGGAAUUAGUUCAUAUGACGUGUUGUCCGACCACGACAAAAGUCAAAGUGGUUCUCCCCGUUUUGUAUGUCCACACUGGAAAGUGGGGUAAAAGGCCUGCUGUCAUAAGCUAGGUUUCCAUCCAAAUGUAGUGCAAAUUGUGACAGAAUUUUGAGAAAAUCUGCAAAAGAAAAUGUGAGUAAAUGCUUGUUUCCAUCCACUACGGUUAUGCGAUUAUUAGGAGUUGGUUCAUCGAGAUAAGCAGUAGGUGGCGCCAACUCUCCAGUCGAGUGCCAUUAUACCAUUGCAGAAGAAGAUGACUUAAUUAAAUGAACAGCAGUCAAACCUCAAAGGGUGAAAACACGAUGGAAAUAUGUUUUCUACAUAUACAUAAAAAUGCACAUGUCAAAUGCAAAAUGUCGAAGUGGGUGAUUGUUGGUUUCGGAAAUUUAAAAAAAUUGUCAGACACAGCCCCCAAUUCUGCUGUUGUUUCAGAAGCUGCUACACGAUCUGACAAGCACUUAGUUUGAAGCAUACUGGGGCCUUUAGUCCUACUUCUUACAGACUGGAAGGGAUGUGGCUCUGACUACACACAGUUUGGUGCCUGCCACAGGAAAAAAAUGAGUGUUUGUAGGACUCAAUAGACACCAGACUGCCAUUACAGACAGUAGGAGCAGCCUGGGACGUCACAGUGCAGAUUUACUGAUUCGUUGGAUGACUUGAUUGACAGACAGACAGACAGACAGACAGACAGACACAGACUGGUGUUGCACAGCAGGGGGCGCUCCAGACAGUCCACAGGAGUUCUACUAGACCUUAAAGGAACAGUUUGUCAUUUCUGGUAAAUCCUCUUGUUCUCUGUCCUCUCCAGAGUCGGAUUAGAAGAUGUAUAUCACUGUCAUCUCCGUGUUUUCAGUACAAAGAUAGGUCCAGGAUGUGUCAGCCUAGCUUAGCACAAAGACUGGAACCAGGGGGAAUGCUGCUAGCCUAGCUCCAUCAAAAUAGAAAAAAAUCCAUCUUCCUACAAUUUAAUUUAACUGUCUGAUUUAUUAUUAUUAUUGAGUUAUUUAUGUACAGUUGCUUUUAAAACAAAAAAUCACUUUUGUAUAUUUCCAUUUUUACAUUUGUGUUACAUUUGUCUGGCUCUGGGUGUGGAGACAAGAGGAUAUCCCAAAAUGUUACUGUUGUUUUAAGUAGAAAGCACACACACACACACACACACACACACACACACACACACACACACACACACACACUGCUGCUCGGCACAAUCUGCUCUCUGAACAUUUAAUUCCUUGCACAUUGUAAUUGAUGAAGCAGUAUUAUUGAACUGUAUAUUGUUAUUAAUAUUAAUAUAAUUGUUGCUUUGGUACAGAUGGAUGUUUUCCAUCCUGAAGCAGAUUUUGUACUAAACAUGAAGCUCCUGAUGAUAUUUCCAACAUGAACUCUGAAAUGUAAUAUUUAGUAUUAUCAUUGAGUAUUAUUUUUUAUAUUUUCGUUUUAUUUUAUUUUAUUGUAUGUUAUGUUUUUCGUACAUUAUUAUUAUUGACAAAUGGGAAGCCAGCCAGUGUUGGACCGCCCCACCCUUCACCACUGUUGUUUACGUUACAUGUUGUUGUGUCGUCAAAGGGGAAUGCCACUGAAUUAAAGUGAAAAUGAAAACUCCA